AUGCAACCGCAGGGCUGUGUCCUCGCGCCUACCCUCUUCAGUCUCAUGUUCUCUCCCAUGCAGAUGGGUCCCUACCGCGAAGAACGCAAGGGAUCUGAACCACCGGCGGAUGGACCUUCAGUCGCGUGUAUCCACAUCGAUCGUCCAUGAACUUCUCGACGCCGACAAAUGCGCCCUCAACGUCACUUAGCAAGGGGACAUGCAAAGGACCACGGACCUCUUCGACGCCGACUACGACAACAUCGGCCUGGUCAUCAACACGGACAGAACAGUGGUUAUGCAUCGACCGCCACCCGACGCUGCAUACGUCGCACUCAAAAUCAACGUGAACGACUUCCAACUCCAAGUCGUGGACAACCUCACCUACCCGGGCAGCGCCGUCUCCUGCACCACCAAGAUUGACCAUGAAGUGCCAACCAGGCCUUCGGCCGUCUGCAAAGCACAGACUAGUAUCACCACGGUCUUCACCUCAACUCCGCACUGA